CCGCCCUUCCGCUUCCGCUGGCUCGCCGCCCCCUCCGUCCCUGUCAGGUGGUGAUGGCGGCCGCUGCGUCCCUGUCUCCCGAGGAGCUGCUGCCCAAGGGCGGCGCGGGCAAGGCCGAGGAGCUGGAGGACGAGCUGGAGGAGGAGGAGGAUGACGAGGAGCUGGACGAGACGCUGGCGGAGCGGCUGUGGGGGCUGACGGAGAUGUUCCCCGAGAGCGUCCGCUCGGCGGCCGGAGCCACCUUCGACCUGUCUCUGACGGUAGCGCAGAAGAUGUACCGAUUCUCCAGGGCAGCUCUGUGGAUUGGGACCACCUCCUUCAUGAUUCUGGUUCUUCCUGUCGUCUUCGAAACUGAAAAACUGCAGAUGGAGCAACAGCAGCAGCUGCAGCAGCGACAGAUCCUCCUCGGACCCAACACGGGGCUCUCGGGGGGAAUGCCAGGGGCCCUGCCUCCGCUCUCUGGAAAGAUCUAAUUUGCAGGAGCUGCGCUGGAUUCAUAUCAUGUGGGAAGACCUUGAGAUGAUGAUAUAUUGAACUAUUGAUUUGUUGGGUCAGGGCAUUUUUUUUUUUUUUCCUGUUUGUUUGUUUUUAUUUUUGGUUCUCCUUUGGGACACUGACCUGUUCAUAACAAGGUGAGGGGAAAGCCUCCCUCUCUGGACCUGAUGAUGGCUCCUGUCUGCAUCCUCCCCCCUGUAGAAGUUGUGAGUUUUUCCUUUUAUUCAAUCAGUACACCAUAACCAGUUAAAGACUUGAACUGGGGGAGUUCCAGCCUCCUUGCUCCUCCACAAAACCACCCCGGGCACAGGUCAGGCUUCAAAAGGCAACAGUCAAACAAAACCCAGUCCUUUCCUGGCUGGCUGGGAGCUGAAGGACACCGGCGACAGGAGGAGGACUGACUUUCCCAGCAGGCAAAGGAAAGGAAGGAGGGGUGCGGGUAGCUGUACCCCAUGGAAAAACACGCUCGGGAAAGAGGUGCCUGUGGAAGUACCUUCACUGCAACUUAGUGUGUGUAUGGGGGUGUGUGUGUGGGCGCACGCGAGAACGGAGGGAGCAGCAGGCCAGGUUUGAGACGAUCACAUCCGUGCUGAUCCUCUGCCUCAUAAAGUAGAGCUUCAGAUACUGGCUGCGUAUUUUUUUGUAUCGAAAUAUUAAAUAAAUCCAACCUGAGCAGCGUGGUUUUAAUAGA